AUGGCCGUACACGGCAGCGCCGGCGCCGACCGAGCCCGCUGGCUCCUCAACGGCAUCCCCGACCGUUUCAACGACUUCUGCCACAUGGAUCAGUUCACCUUCGUCCAGCUCGCCGACUGGAUUCUCGAGAAUGCAGAGUCGAGCACUCACGACGAGGACAUCAGCGUCGAGGAGAGCCUGUUCAUCUUCCUCGACAUUGUCGCCCAGGGCAACUCGUUCAAGAACGCCGCAUACACCUGGAGCCACGAUAUCAAGCUGACCCAGCGCAUCUUCCUCAACGUCCUCAACGCCCUCCAAGUCCUGCGAGAAAAGGAAGACAUCGCCCCCUCAUGCCCAGCCUUCAACACAACGCGAUCGCGCUGGCGGAUAUUACGUACUUGGCGACCGGGAAAGAUGAAGAUGGACGGCAGGAUCAAGGUCGGCGGCGACGGGGGCGACGGCAUCGACAUCGACCGGCAAAGUCUGAUCGAGGCGAUUACGGCGUUGAACAACUUUAUUCAUGAGCGCAAGGAGUUCUAA